AUGAUUACAUCAUAUAAGAUCAGUUUACUUAAAACUACAACAUCAUAAUUGGUAUGCACUUUUAUUCUCAACUUGGACAUAUUUUUUAAAGAAAUUUCAUAAAAUUUUGAAGUUAAAGCAUUAAUUACAACAUAAAAUAAAAAUGCAAAUAAAGAGUCAUUUUAUUAGAUCUAUACCUUCUCUUACUUGACAAUAUCUUAAUAAAAUAUGUAUUCUUAUUAAUUAAACUGCAUAUUUUAAGUACUAUCAAUUUUUUACAUGAUCGCUUUAAAGCUAUCAAAACUAUGUUCAUUCAUUAAGUUGGAUGGCAUAUUUUAAUGCUUUUACUAAUUAUUUGCAAUUUGCUUUAAUCUUUUCGGAUUAAUUCAACAUUUGCACAUAGUUUUAAGAUUAAAAGUAUAAUGGUCUUGGAAAUUCCAUUAACUUACCUGCUAUUUUGAUAUUUAGACUAAUUCUAGUUAACUAAAAGCUUAUAUAAUUGUUUCAAGUUUAAUUUUAUUUUAUUACUUUUCUUUUAUAUUUCAGCUUAAGUUUUGUUCAUCCAUUUAGUAUUAGAUUUGUUUAUUUUUUGUUAUUUUAUGAUUGUAAUAAAUUAGCAUAAAAAAAUCACAAACCUCAUAAAAUCUAAAGAUGAUCAUAAACUCUUUGCAAUGAAAAUUCUAGGAAUGGUUGCUGUUCUAUUUUGUUAUUGCAUUUAUUUAUUAUACUUUAAAGAAUUUUAUGAUUGAAUUGAAUGGGUUACAUAUUAUUUUACUUGUUAUUGAGACAAUUUACAGUGGGAGAUUGCAAAUUUCGAUUUAAAAAUAGAUUAACAUUAUAGAUUUAAAACAAUUUUAAUAUUAGAGCCUACAUUUUGUUAAAAAAAUUAUUCUAAUAUCUUUGGUAAUAAUGGGUUUCAUAUAAUUGCCAAAUAAUAAAGCAUCUACAUAAUAAUUUAUAAUAAUUUAAUUUGCGUUUAUCCCAGGAGGUUUGUUAUAUUUAUGUUAGGGUUUGUAAGAGAAAUUGAUGUAUUACAUAAAAUAGAAUCUAAUCAAUUAAUAAUCAAAUCAUUUAUAUUUUGAUUGGAUCAUUAAUGGAUUCUAGAAUUUGUAGGUAGAAAGGCAAUAAAAUCAAUAAUUACUGAUAAAUAUAUGCUAUUAGAGUGAUUAAUUUAAUUUAUAAUUUUUCUAUCUAUACAUUAUAAAUAAUAUUCCUGAUAAUUUGUCAAAAUUUACAUUAAUUUAUACAAUUAAUAAUUUUCUUAUUUCUAUGAAUCAGGAAUUUACUUUCUAACGAAUACAUACUUCUCAAAUGUAAACAGAUGAAUUAAAAAAAAAGUAUAUUCUCUAAAAGAUUUUAGGCUGUGGCCAGUUUGGGUAAUUUUAUAUACUUAUUCUUAGAACUGUGUAUCAAGGUGUGAAUAUACGCACUAGAGAAACAGUUGCUAUCAAAGAAUUGCGCCAUAGCAAUACUGAUUAAGGGGUUUGAUAUAUUAUUUUAUUAAAGAUUAAUGUAUAAGCCUUAAGAGAAAUAGAAAUACUUAAAUCUAUGAAAUGCCAAUAAAUUGUUUCUUUUAAAGACUUAGCAUACGGAUAGAAUAAAACUUAUAUUAUUAUGGAAUAUAUGGAAGAAGACUUACUAACAGCUAUAAAAAGAGACACUUUCUCAGAAUAAGAAACUAAAGUGAUCAUGUUUUAAGUGCUUUAAGGUUUGACAUACUUACAUUAAUUAGGAAUUAUUCAUAGAGACAUAAAACGUAAUUAUUAUUUUAAUAUUUUAGCUAACAAUAUUUUACAUAGUAAUUUAGAAAUUAAAAUUUGUGAUUUGGGAAUGGCUCAAAAUUUAAAUAAAUAAAAGCCACAAACUACCCGAAUUCAAAAUCAUUCAUACAGAGCUCCAGAAGUGUUCCUUGGUUUAUUAAAUGACUAAUAUUAGGUUAAAAAUAUUGCUCUAAGGUUGAUGUUUGGGCUACUGGAGUACUAUUUAUUUAACUGAUCUUAAAAUAAAAUCCUUUUAAAGGCCAAUCUGAUCUUGCUAGUUUUAAAUAAAUUCUUAAAUAUUGUGGAACUCCAACUGAAGGUUUUAUUUUUAUUAAGUAUCUAGAUAAUUGGCCAGGAGUAACUUUACUUAAAAACUACUCUACUUUAAUAACUGAAGAACCGUAAAUAAGAAUACUUUCAACUUUGCUAGAAAAAAAAUUGCCUCCAUUAUUAGUAAAUCUAAUUGAUUCAAUGCUUAUUCUUGAUCCUAAUUAGAGAAUAUCUGCUUAGAAUGCUCUUUUGCAUCCUUAUUUUCAAGGAAUGAAUAUAGAAAGGUAUUAUUUAUUAUUUUAUUCUUAUUACACAGAUGCCUUCAUAAAAUGAAGGCAAACCGAAAAAAAAUAAAGACUGAAUCGUAAAUUUAAACAGAUGUCUUUAACUACCCUAAUGGAAACAAAAUUAUUGUUGUUUCGUAAAUCUUACAAAAAAGCAAAAAUUGCUUUUGA